GGCGCCGCGGCGGCGGCGCUGGCGGCGGGGCCGGUCCAGCCGCGCUGCCGGUCCAGCCGCGCUGCCUCCCCCGUCCGCCCGCAGCCGCGCCGGCCGCGGGGCAUGGCCAGACUCACCGAGGGCGAGGCGAGGAGGCAGCCGCCGCCGCCGCUCCCCCCGCCAGCGCCGCAGCCGCCGCGCCGAGCCUCCCCCAUGAGCAGCAGCGGCGGCGCGGAGCCCCCCGCGCAGCCCGACAGCAUGAAGGACCUGGAUGCCAUCAAGCUCUUCGUGGGGCAGAUCCCGCGCAACCUGGAGGAGAAGGACCUCAAGCCGCUCUUCGAGCAGUUCGGCAAGAUCUACGAGCUCACCGUGCUCAAGGACCGCUACACCGGCAUGCACAAGGGUUGUGCGUUCCUCACGUAUUGUGCCAGAGACUCUGCCAUCAAAGCCCAGACGGCGCUGCACGAGCAGAAGACCUUGCCGGGGAUGGCGCGUCCGAUUCAAGUGAAACCGGCCGACAGCGAGAGCCGUGGAGGUAGGGACAGGAAGCUCUUUGUGGGCAUGUUAAAUAAGCAGCAGUCUGAGGAUGACGUGCUCCGGCUCUUUGAACCGUUCGGGGUCAUUGAUGAAUGUACUGUGCUCCGUGGACCUGAUGGUAACAGCAAAGGCUGCGCUUUUGUAAAGUUCUCAUCUCACACAGAGGCUCAGGCGGCAAUCCACGCGCUCCACGGCAGCCAGACGAUGCCCGGUGCCUCCUCCAGUCUAGUGGUGAAGUUUGCUGACACAGAUAAGGAGAGGACCCUCCGGCGUAUGCAGCAAAUGGUGGGGCAGCUGGGGAUAUUCACUCCAUCUCUCACCUUGCCGUUCAGCCCAUACAGCGCCUAUGCGCAGGCUCUGAUGCAGCAGCAGACGACGGUUCUCUCCACCUCCCACGGCAGCUACCUGAGCCCCGGCGUCGCCUUCUCCCCGUGCCACAUCCAGCAGAUCGGUGCCGUCAGUCUCAACGGGCUGCCGGCCGCUCCCAUCGCACCAGCAUCAGGGCUACAUUCACCGCCGCUCCUGGGGACAGCAGCCAUGCCGGGACUGGUGGCACCCAUUUCAAAUGGAUUCACCGGAGUGAUACCGUUCCCGAAUGGGCAUCCAACCUUGGAAACAGUUUACACCAACGGCCUUGUGCCGUACUCAGCCCAGAGCCCUUCGGUAGCAGAGACGUUGCACCCAGCCUUCACAGGAGUCCAGCAGUACGCAGCCGUGUACCCCACCACCACCAUCACCCCCAUUGCCCAGAGCAUCCCUCAGCCACCUCCCAUCCUGCAGCAGCAGCAGCGAGAAGGUCCUGAAGGCUGCAAUCUCUUCAUCUACCAUCUCCCUCAGGAGUUUGGAGACAAUGAGUUGAUGCAGAUGUUCCUGCCUUUUGGCAAUAUCAUUUCCUCCAAGGUGUUCAUGGAUCGUGCCACCAACCAGAGCAAGUGUUUUGGCUUUGUAAGCUUUGACAACCCAUCCAGUGCACAGACUGCUAUCCAGGCCAUGAACGGCUUCCAGAUUGGUAUGAAACGUUUGAAGGUCCAGUUGAAACGACCCAAGGAUGCGAACCAUCCCUACUGUCAGCAGUGAGCAAGCAGGAGUCGCUUCUGCAACGCAGGUGAAGGGAAAGCCCAGAGGAAGAAUUUCUGCUUCAGGUUGAUUUACAGAGAGGCCAGUAACUUUAUCAACUCUUUUGACACCACUUCUUUCCUUUCUCUGCUCCCCACCCCAUCCUCCUCCUGCCCUCCUCCCAAAAACAUGCGAUUAAAGAGAAGACUCAAUAUCUGCCCAGCAGGACGGUUCUUGCCGCGAUGGACUCGUGUAUUUGCUGCUAAUGUGGUGCAUAGCAAAGGGACCAGAAAACCAGCAGCCCCUGGGGACCCGAACUCUUCCUCUCGGGGUGUGCCUGGAGUACAUGGACCAAGAAAACCCACCGCUGUGUCUCUGGGUUACCGCAGUGAUGUAUGGAAACGUAGCUCUGUCCCUCCCUCCCUCCUGGCCCUUUCACAGAUAAAUAUAAAUAUAUAUAUAUAUAUACACAGUCUCUAUUUUUUUUUAAAGUGGCUCACAGGACCAAACUUUUCCAUUCAGAGACUGACUCCUUGCAAGAGGGACUGGAAGUUAAGGGUUUGCCUUUACAACAGUGUCUUCUCAGAUAGGCCUGAACGCUUUGAGAGGAUGGACAGAGAGCAUCUCUCUGCUCAGCAUCAGCAAGAAAGAUACCGACGUACCUCCAGGAUUAGGGCCCGGCCGGCUGCUCAGCUCAAUUCACUCGUCCACCAACGGGAGCGCCGGCCUGGUUGAGGAUCUCAAGAGCUCAGUCCAAGGGCUUCUGCAGACAAAGCUCCUGGAGUGCGGUGCCAAAGCCCAUCCUGAGCGCUCCUCCGUCGGGCUGAAGGCACAGGAGACCAGCCCCUUCGCCUCCAGGAGCCGUCCGGCCUCCCCGCACGGGCGCAGGUCUGUGUUCCGUAGCUCUCCACGGUAACGGAGCGUUUUCUCCAUCGCGGCAAGAGAAGAUGCGUGUGAGCAGGUGCGAGCUCCAAAGCGGAGGGACAGAGCUGCCUCCCCGCGUCAGCACUGACCCGGCGCUGGGGAGCGGGCAGCGGUGACUCCCAGACGAACGGGACGUUCUCUCCAUCUGAAUUGAGCAAGGGGACUCGCCCCUUCCACCUUCUGCAGAGCUUUCCCGAGCAGACACACGGACGGCGCGGUGGAAGGACGGUCGCCAUUCUGGUUUGUAAACCCACCGCCCCCUCCAAGGCACGGAUUAUAAAUUCUGCGGCAUAUAUAGAUAGAGAUAUACACGCUUAAACACAGAACGUAGCUCAGAGCUUGAUUUAAAGCUCCCUGGGGGUGGGGGUGUCGUACUGACGAGGCACAUCCCUUUAACGACUUGAAACAGUCUCUUUAGGUUGCGACCAAAAUAAGGAAAGAAAACAACAAACACAAACCAGCCCCGCAAACCUCCUGAAUCAUUAGUUUCAAUAUUGCAGAGUUUGGUAAUGUACCGAGAACAUUCCCUUGUGUGUGUGUGUGUGUGUGUGUGUGUGUGUGUGUGCGUCUGCGCUUAAAUGUGGUCAGAGGGUUGGUUGGUGGAAAAGAAGUUGAUGCAAUGGAUAGUGAAGCAAAAUGGGGGAAUUGAGGUGCUUUAAGUACCUUCACACCUCAGCCGCCCCCUGCACCCGAUGCGGAGUCGAUGGGCGAAGCUGCGCGAGUCCGUGUGUUUCUAUAGUCCAUGUUUACGUAUUGUAAAUACCAUUUUUAUACUUAACAUCUAUUAUGUAUGUGAUUUGUACAAUGUACUUUAUUUCUGCUACAAGUAAUUUCAUGAAGUUUAAUCUAAUUUUGGAAAAAAAAAAAAGGAAAAAAAAAGACCAACAACUGCAAAAUGGGAAAAAAUAAAAGGACUUGGGAAAUUGCA